UGUAGUAGGUCUUCCGACUCCGAAUUUAGUGUCAGUGUCAGAUUGAUAUAAAUGCGGAGCAUAUGUUUGUAAUCACUACCUGUUGAUAACACAAAAUAAAUUAACCUCUUUCUGAAUAGCGUAUUAUUUCAGCGAUGGCAAGUCUAUCAAUGACUGAUUGCACAGAACCUAGAUAUGUGGUUGGUGUGGAUGUCGGAACAGGCAGUGUGCGAGCAGCUCUGGUGACUAUUGACGGAGAGCUUAUCAAAAUGGCCAUUCAUCCCAUUCAGACGUGGAACUUCAAACCGGGGUUUUACCACCAAUCAUCUGACAACAUCUGGAAUAGCUGCUGCAAAGUCAUCAGGGAGGUGGUAGCUGAAGUUCCAGCAGAUUCUGUUAAAGGCGUGGGGUUUGAUGCUACUUGUUCUCUGGUGGCAUUGGACAAGACUGGAUCUCCAAUCUCUAUCAGCCCUGGUGGAGAAACUCAACAGAAUGUAAUACUGUGGAUGGACCAUCGUGCCGACAAAGAGGCAGAGGCUGUUAACGCUACGAGACAUCCAGUGUUGCAGUCUGUGGGAGGCAAGAUAUCACUGGAGAUGCAAGUGCCGAAACUGAUGUGGCUGAAAAAGAAUUUACCAGAGACAUGGAGGAAUGUGGAUGCUUUCUACGACCUUCCAGAUUUCCUCACGUGGAAAUCCACCGGGGCUGAAUCGAGAUCACUCUGCUCCGUGGUCUGCAAGUGGACGUACGAAGCCAGCGGAGAGGGGACACAAGGCUGGAACAAGCAGUUCUUCACCCAAGUGGGACUGUCAGAUUUACUGGCGGAUGACUGUAGAAAAAUAGGUAGCAUAGUACUAGCACCUGGUACCCCCUGUGGCUCUGGCUUGAACAGUCAGGCAGCCGAACAACUGGGUCUGCGGGUUGGUACACCUGUUGCUACUUCUAUCAUCGAUGCCCAUGCUGGUGGGCUGGGUAUGAUUGGCUGCACUGCAGACUCUAACAAGUCCACGGACUACUGUUCUCGGCUAGGUCUGAUAUGUGGAACUUCUACGUGUCACAUGGCUGUCAGUCGUGGGCCGGUGUUUGUGCCGGGGGUGUGGGGGCCAUACUACAGCGCCAUGGUGCCGGGGCUGUGGCUGAGUGAGGGGGGACAGAGUGCCACGGGGCGCCUCCUAGAUCACAUCAUUGACACUCAUCCAGCCACUGCCUCUCUGCGAGCUCGGACGCCUCACAUGCAUGUAGUAACUUACCUGAACGAGUUGCUGGACAGUCUGGCCAACUCUGCAGGACUAGACAGUGUAGAUCUGCUCACCAAGGACUUGCAUGUCUGGCCGGACCACCAUGGCAACAGGUCUCCCUUAGCGGACCCUACUUUACGAGGCAUGGUAUCAGGACUGAGCCUGUCUUGUGAUGACAAGGAUCUUGCACUGCUCUAUCUAGCUACUGUUCAAGCUUUAGCUGUGAGUUGACUUAAAGUUGUUACC